GCUCUGGGGAAGAGAGCUGUGCUGGGCUCCUCACUCUCAGCUAGCUUCAGUUUCCUUAUUGGAACCAUGACAUCAUCUCUACCCUGGAAAUUCCACUUGCACCCCUGUGCUCCCACCUCUGUCUCAGGCCUCAGAGGGCCUAUAAAGAGGGGAUCCCAGCUCGGUAUCAGCACAGAGCACAGUCGGGUUCUGAAGCUCCUGGGUUCUCUCGUCUCAGCUCUGGGAAAGCCUCUUCUCCGCUCAGACCAUGAAGCUCGGCGUGACUGUCCUCUCUCUCCUCGUGCUGGUGGCUGCCUUCUGCUCUCCAGCACUUUCAGCACCAAUGGGCUCAGACCCUCCCACAGCCUGCUGCUUCUCCUACAUCCUGCGGAAACUUCCUCGUGACUUCGUGGUGGAUUACUACGAGACCAGCAGCCUUUGCUCCCAGCCAGCUGUGGUAUUCCAAACCAAAAAGGGCAGACAGAUCUGUGCCAACCCCAGUGAGUCCUGGGUCCAGGAGUACAUCAAUGACCUGGAACUGAACUGAGCCGCUCCAGACACAGGGGCAGGAGCUCUCCUGGGAAGAUCACCUGAGCCCAACACUUCUCAGGGAGACGCACCCUCUCCACGUUCACAACGCCUCUCAGUUGUCCCCAUUCCUUCCCCUAAUUUAAUCUUUAUUAUGUGCUAUUAUUGUAUUUGAUGUUCUUUUCAUAGUUUAUGUUGGUUUUACCAAGGGACACAUGUCCCCCAUGGGGAUGGUCCGCCAUCACUUUUCUCUGCUUUUGCGGAUA